CCUGUAGGAAGAAGGAUAGAGUUUGAGGGAGAAAGAUAGAUUAGGGUUUGAGAGAUAUUUUCUGAAUAAUUGUUCUUAUUAAGCUUAGGGGUUUAGUUUAGUAGCUAAUCACUUAAAGUUCAUUUGCACGGAUGUCCGAUUCUUGGGACGAGAAUGAUCCAAAUCAGAUUGGUCAUGAAGAUAUAUCAAUGGAAACAGAUCGUGAUGCAGUUGCAUCCAUUACACAAGAUAUCUACCAUGUUUACGACUCUGAGAAUGACAUGACAUCCGAUGAUCCGUACCACGAAGAUAGGGCUGCCUUACGUUCCUAUGGGAAAGGGAAGAGAAGGAAGGUGAAUGCAAUGACGGUUGUCGAUGGGGAAGAGGUUGAUAACCUUGAGGAGUUUGAGGAAGACGAAACUGAAGAUGAUGAGGAGGAAGGAGAUGAUGCAGCUCUACAACCACCUCAUAACUCACAUCACUCCCCUUCCCACCAGGCUUCAGAGGCACCUCCAUAACUGGCGUGGGUGUUUAUGUCGAUGAGAACACGGGGAACGAAUAUGUUAGGGUGAGUUGACAAAUAUUGUAAGGGUGGUAUUUUUUGAAUACAAACUGCCUAAGUACUUACAUAUGUCUGUUCUUAGAUUUGCAGCUGAAUGGGGCACGUGGUCGCCCUCAUGGAGACCCAAAACCAGUUCCUUUAACCCAAACUUCUGUGGUGGACUCACAUGGAAGCCAACCACCACCAACUCAGCCUUAGAAUGCCAUGAAAGCAACCUUUUGACUCGUUUUUUGUACAGGCUAGCAACUGAGGUUGUUAGGUGCUAUUUUGGACGACUCGUGUAAUGGCUAUAAGAAGCCUUAAGGAAUGCUAACUUUUUGUUAAGAGUCUUGCAUACUCUUUCUGUAGUGGAAACACCUUAUGUUAGGUUAUAUUAUGGGUUAAAAAAUAAUGUAACCAAGUGAUGUGAACAAGUGAUGUCAAUAAGUAAUGUGAACAAGCAAUGCAGUUAUUAUGUUAGGUUAUGUAAUGCAAGUUAUGCACUUCUUCUGUACACAAAUAGAACUUAUGUAACUCUUUUCAUCAUUCAACGCCAAAAUAUUAUACCAAAUACAGGUGGACAAACUUACAUACCCAUGGAAGUUCGACAUCGAAUUACAUAGCCAGCUUACAUAAACGAUAACUUACAUGCCACAAUCCUUCCUCCACAGAACCACAAACAAAAACACAUUCAUGAUCAACAAAAUAGUCAACAUAUAUCUCAUGACCCGGAUCUUUUCAGCUAAUCCAACUUGCCGAACUUGCAUCCCAUUCCUUAGCUCUUAUGCCAUUAGCUUUUUAUCCUUCUUCCUCCUCUCAUCAUUGGAUUCGGCCAACCCAAGUCUCUCUUCCAACUUCAUAAUAAUACUCUCCAUCUCAUGGUUCCUUGACUCUAAUGUUUCCUCAUUGCCGUUCACCCACCUAAAAAAUCUACAUCCUUUCCCAUCCUGCAAACCAUCGUCCCUCCUUAGUCAACCAACAUCAAACAGAUAAAAUCAUCAAAUUACAAUGAAAUGGGCUUACCUUCCAAUAACGACAUCCAUAGAACUGCCUUCUUGGAUUCAACUCAGUCCCAGAGGUAUUAAUCAUAGUCACAGCUAGGACAUUGUGUUCGCAUAGGAUAGAAAACCCACUUUUGACGGUUGUUGAGCCCGAAUCGGCGCCAUUCUUGCGAGCACCCCGACUGCCCCUUUGUGACAUCGUUAGGGAUGGGAAAUGCGGACUGUCGAUGGAAAUAUGGAAGGGACGAGGGGAGCCAGAGGUUGGCGAAAUCGGUGAAUGAGUAGGGCGACAAGCGACGACGGCGAAAUCACUGUUGUUGGCGGUUUCGAUGGUUCUUCGCCGGAUUGAGGCUGCCGCUGUGAGGAAGAUGGAAGCCGAUUUCGGCUGUUUAUGGGAGGAAGAUGAAAUCGAAAAUUACGACGGAGGAGAAGCCGUUGGGGAUAUUUAAUUGCCCCAAUCGGUUCUCUCUCCUCCGGAUGACGUGCGCGCGGAGGUGGCAAUUCUAGUCCAGUUGGCGCCAACGUGGAGUAAAAAAUUUGGCCACCUCAGCAACGCGAACAGGUAACUAACGACAUCCCUAACGACGUCACAUUUAAUAACGGAAAUGGCUAUAAUUGUCAAAGCAUUUUUCAAAUUUUUGGCUAUUUCUGUGUAUUUUUCAGAAUCUGGCUAUAUUUGUUACAAAAUGCAAAGUUAUUGUUAUGAAAGUGUAUUUUGCCUAAAAAAGAAGCUGAAACUAAAACAAAGAAACAAAGGUUUUGUACAAAUUGAGUUGGACCUUAUGAAAACUGGGCCUGUGAUUGCAGGUGUUUCUUUUGUCUACGAGCCCACACGCGUUUCACCCGCUUGCAAAGUUAUUCAGCCCAUAUAAUAAAGUUCCUGCAUUUUG